AUGGCGCCCACACGCAAGAAUCAGCAGCGAGUCAAGAAGAGCACGUCCAAGAAGAGCGCGCGAAAGGCUCGAGUGAAGACACGAGCGGGAAAAUGCACCCAUUGGAUUGAAAGCGAGGAUAGAACUUGCCGAAAUCCACUCAAUCCAGCCAACAAGAAGUACUGCACUGCUCACUUGGACGAAUUGGCUCGACGCGUGACGAUGAAGCUCUCGCCGCUUGAAGCCACCGCGCUGACUCUAUUUCGCAAGUACGAUCUAACCGAAGCCAUCUAUGAUGAGACCAGUCGCCUCGUUGAAUCGGUUCUACAUGAUGCUGCGCCGCACACGCCCUCACUACCAGAAGCACAGAAACGCCCUUCUUAUUGCUAUUGUAUCUACAUCGCCGAGAUGCUUGCGUCGUCGUCCUCCAAGCUCGCGGCACGCGCGUCGCGCUCGCUGUUCACUAAGGCUAGCGCCAUGCCUAGCGUGGCUUUGAACGAGGAGUUUCCGUCGGUGCCAAAGUCGCAGCCGCAGGCCGCCACUGCCGCUAAGCUCACGGUGUCCACGGCGUUGUCGGGUCUUAAGCUGGGCUCGGAUGACCGUGCCGCCUCGGUGGCCACUAUUGGCGUGCAGCUUAACACUGGUGCGCGUGAUGAAACCGAGGAGACUGCGGGUUUGUCGCAGCUAUUCGCCAAGAUGGCCUUCCGCGCCACCGAGAACCGCUCAGAUCUGCGUCUGUACCGUGAUAUUGAGGCCAUUGGCGGCGUGGUGAAUGCUCAGGCCGGUCGCGACUUUGUGCGCUACAGCGUCAGCGUGUUGCCCGACCAACUGGAGGCGGCCGCCGAGAUCCUGGCUGAGACUACGUUGGCCCCCAAGUUUGCGCUCUACGAUGUCGACGACCAGAAGAAGGUGGUGCAGGCUGAAUUCGAGAAGAUCAGCGCGGACGCUUCGGCCUCACUGCUCGAGGGUGUGCACGCUGCUGCUUUCUACGACGACGUGACGCUGGGCCGUUCGCUCGUCGCUGCCGAGAACCUCGGCGGUCUCAGCCCUGAGGCACUCUGGGCCUACUACGACAAGUACGUGAACGCGUCCAACGCCGCUCUUGUUGGUGCUGGUGUGGCCCACAACACGCUGACUGACCUGGCCAACGAGUACUUCGGCUCGAUCGCUAAGGGCUCCAAGGCCGCCAGCGCUGCGGCUAAGUACGUGGGCGGUGAGACUCGCGUCAAGAAGGCUGGCAAGUUCACGCACGUCGCUGUGGCUCUGCCCACUGUUGGACGUGAUUCCGCUGACUUUGGUGCGUCGCAGGUGCUGCGCGCUCUGCUCAACGUGCGACUUAACAACAAGAAGGCGUCGGCCUUCCUCUCGAGCUACAGCGACGCCGCCCUCGUGGGUCUGUCCGGCUACGCCGCUCCCUCGGAGGCUGGUGCUCUGGUCGACUCGUUCGCCACGGAGCUCAAGAAGGCCGCCUCGGCCCCGGCUACGAAGGAGGAGCUGGCUGCUGCCAAGACCACGGCCGCAUUUGAGGCUCUUGAGCAGUACAGCACCCAGGCGGGUACUCUGAGCCGCGUGGGCCUUAUCGCCACCACGGGCGUCGUGUCCAAGUCGCCGUCGGAGCUCGUUGAGGGUGUGACCGCUGAGAAACUGCAGGAGCUGGCUCAGAAGGCACUGAAGGCUACUCCUUCGGUGGCUGUCAUCGGUAAGCUAUCUGCUGUUCCUCACGUGGACGCCGUUGCGAGCAAGCUGCAGUAAAAAGGACCAAUCAGACGAUCACUCAAGAGUGAGGUACAUACAUCAGCUCUAGCAUACCGGCAAUGUUGAAGUGACCUUGGGAAUUGAAUGGACAGGACAGGAAAGCGUCGAGUGUGAAUGCAGCGCAGUGACGCGGUAGACCCCUCAGGUUAGAAAAUAAGGUGGAGAGAGGGCUGCGCAGACACACACGCAGCUUGCCUGGCACCAAUGUGACGAGGCAGGCGAAAAAAUACAAGAAAAAGAACCAACUUUUUAACGACAAAA